AUGUCAUGCCAGGUUCCCUUCAGAGGAGGCACCAGCUGCAUCGGGUCUGCCGCCUGCCUGUGCUGUAGGUUCCCGGAUGUCUUGGCCAUCUGCCUGCAGGCGGCGCUCCUUCUGCUCCUGCUGCCUAUGCUGGCCUUGCUGGGCAGCCUGAUGGAGUCGGUGGCCGGUGGCCAGUGCGUGGGGCCCGCAGACAGGGCGCCCUGGGAGGGACUGCAUCCAGCUCCGCAGGCAGGCUGGGCGUCUCUGGUGGAGUGUCUCGAGGGGAGUCCUGCAGAAGUGACUCCACUCAUCAUUGUGCUGUCCUUUCUAAGGUUCCUGAUGAGUUUGGAAGACUUUCAUAAUUGGAUUUCUAAAGCAAUAAACAUGCGGGAAACCGAUCGCCUCAUCAAUUCUGAGCUGGGCUCUCCAAGCAGGGCAGCUGACCCUCAACCGGAGGCCCGGCGACUGUCGGCAGCCCCACUGCACCUCCGCUGCGUGGACACAUUCCAGGGGAUAGCGCUCAUCCUCAUGGUCUUUGUCAACUACGAAGGGGGGAAGUACUGGUACUUCAAGCAUGCCAGCUGGAAUGGGCUGCCCGUGGCUGACCUCGUCUUCCCAUGGUUUGUAUUUAUCAUGGGAACUUCGAUUUUCUUGUCAAUGACUUCCAUCCUGCAGCGGGGAUGUUCCAAAUUCAGAUUGCUGGGGAAAAUUGUGUGGAGGAGUUUCCUGUUAAUCUGCAUCGGAAUUGUCAUUGUGAACCCCAACUACUGCCUUGGUCCACUGUCCUGGGAGAAGGCACGCAUCCCCGGCGUGCUCCAGCGGCUGGGGGUGACCUACUUUGUGGUCGCGGUGUUGGAGCUGUUCUUUGCCAAGCCUGUGCCUGAGAGCUGCGCCUCGGAGAGAAGCUGCUUUUCUCUGCUGGACGUCACAUCCAGUUGGCCCCAGUGGCUCUUUGUGCUGGUGCUGGAAGGUGUUUGGCUGGCCUUGACGUUCUUCUUACCUGUUCCCGGCUGCCCAACGGGUUAUCUGGGCCCCGGCGGCAUUGGCGACCUGGGCAAGUAUCCAAAUUGUACCGGAGGAGCUGCUGGCUACAUUGACCGCCUGCUUCUGGGGGACGAUCACCUUUACCAACACCCUUCCCCAGCGGUGCUUUAUCACACCAAGGUGGCCUACGACCCUGAAGGCAUCCUGGGGACCAUCAACUCCAUCUUGAUGGCAUAUUUAGGAGUUCAGGCAGGGAAAAUACUCUUGUAUUACAAGGAUCGGACCAAAGGCAUCCUGAUCAGAUUCGCCGCCUGGAGGUGUUUUCUGGGGCUUAUUUCUGUUGCUUUGACGAAAGCAUCUGAAAAUGAAGGCUUUAUUCCAGUGAACAAAAAUCUCUGGUCCACCUCCUACGUCACCACGCUGAGCUCCUUUGCCUUCUUGAUCCUGCUGGUCCUGUACCCCAUUGUGGAUGUGAAGGGACUGUGGACAGGAACCCCGUUCUUCUACCCGGGCAUGAACUCAAUCCUGGUGUACGUGGGCCACGAGGUGUUUGCCAACUACUUCCCCUUCCAGUGGAGGCUGGGGGACAGCCAGUCCCACAGGGAGCAUCUGGUGCAGAACGUAGUCGCCACUGCACUCUGGGUGUUCAUCGCCUACGUCCUCUACAAGAAGAACGUCUUUUGGAAAAUCUGAGGCCCCAGCUGAGAUGAGAUGUGUGACUGGCAGACGACAGGG